GACGUUUUUUCACCCCCAAAAUCCAAGCCAAGUUAAGAAAAAUCCGCAGAAGAAUAAUGACGACGACGGUGACGAGGAUCGCCGCGGCGAUCUUCCUCGUUCUAGCAAUCUACUGUGGCGUCGAUCCCUUCAAUCACAGCCCCAUCUCCCAGUUUCCGGAGUUCGAGACCUACAAGAUUCAGAUGCCGCCAUUAUCGGCGCAUCCCAAGGAGAGAGACCCAGAGAAUCUGCUUCAGAGAUCGGAGAUCAGGUUUUUGAACGAGGUUCAGGGGCCGGAGAGCAUCGCCUUUGAUCCGCUCGGCCGGGGUCCGUACACCGGCGUCGCCGACGGCCGUGUUCGGUUCUGGGAUGGUAGCCGGUGGACGGAUUUCGCGUAUACGUCGAGCAAUCGGUCAGAACUAUGCGAUCCAAAGCCAUCACCUUUUGCUUACUUGAAGAACGAGCACAUCUGUGGUCGGCCUUUGGGUCUUCGGUUUGAUAAGAAAACAGGGGAUUUGUACAUUGCCGAUGCUUAUUUCGGGCUGAUGAAAGUGGGGCCUGAAGGUGGUGUUGCAACUUCCCUUACAACUGAGGCCGAUGGUGUGCCAUUGAGGUUCACCAAUGAUCUUGACAUAGACGAUGAAGGAAAUGUUUACUUUUCGGACAGCAGCUCUUUCUACCAGCGGAGGAACUUCAUGCAAUUAAUUCUUGCCGGGGAGAACAGUGGGAGGAUCUUGAAAUACAAUCCAAAAACAAAGGAAACCACCACUCUUGUUAGGAAUCUCCAAUUUCCCAAUGGGGUAACUCUCAGCAAAGAUGGCUCCUUUUUCAUAUUCUGUGAAGGAUCUAUUGGAAGAUUGAGGAAGUACUGGUUGAAAGGCGAAAAAGCCGGGACAAGUGAAGUAGUAGCCAUAUUACAUGGAUUCCCUGACAACAUCCGCACAAACAAGGAUGGAGACUUCUGGGUAGCAAUCCACUGCCACCGGAACAUACUGACCCAUGUCAUGGGGUUAUACCCGAGGCUGAGGAAGUUCUUCCUGAAGCUCCCGAUAACGCUGAAGUUCCAGUAUCUGCUCCAGGUGGGCGGGCGCCCACACGCAAUGGUGGUGAAGUAUGAUGGAGAUGGGAAGGUGUUGAAGGUGUUGGAGGAUAAACAAGGGAAAGUGGUGAAGGCAGUGAGUGAAGUGGAAGAGAAAGAUGGUAAGCUUUGGAUGGGUAGUGUUUUGAUGCCUUUCAUUUCUGUUUAUGACUUAGCUUCUUAGGUUAGAACUAAAAAAAAAAAAACUUUUUUUUUGGUGGUAUUGGAACUUACAAGUAGUACUAAGAUUUUGCAGAUCUGUGUUUGGACAAACCUGGUUUUAGGAAGUGUUUUUGAUGUGGAUUAUGCGUCGAA